CAAGCCUGCGCCAAGUCUCUCCAGCCGCACCUCUUUCUCCCCGGCACAGAAUGGAGUCUCAGAUCAAGCAUGCCAUCGUGGUGAAAGUUAUGGGUCGCACAGGAUCAAGGGGACAGGUGACCCAGGUGAGGGUCAAAUUUAUUGAUGAUCAGAACCGGUUUAUCAUGAGGAAUGUCAAGGGACCGGUGAGGGAAGGGGAUGUGCUCACCCUGCUCGAGUCUGAGAGGGAAGCAAGAAGGUUGCGCUGAUCGCUUUUACGCUUGUUCUACCCACCAAGUUUUGAUUGCUUGUUACGCAACGCCGCACUUACUCCAUAUACAUUAUGUUUUGAUAGCUAAAUUAAGACUUGAGACUUCGUAUCUGAGGAUGGAGAUUGAUGAUUUGCCUUUCUUUUUUUUUGUUGUUGUUUGAGAAAAGACAAUUAGUAUGUUUUAGUGCUUGAGAUGUUGGAGUAAAAUGCUUUAAGCGCUAUUGAGCUUGUGGAAAUUAUUUCGAUAUUA